AUGCUUGCCAAUUCACCUCCGCAUGUUGAUGUUAUUUCAACACCAACAACUGAUUUCCGCUACAAAGCGAUUGUCUACGUUCUCAUCGCACUUUUUGGCUUGGGCACAUGGACAAAUCUAGCAGGCGUUUGGAUUGAACUUCCCAUUAUCGUACCUGUCUUACCAGAAUCAUGGCAAUUACCCGCAAAGUUGGCCUUAUUAAUAAAUUCAGCAAGUCUUUUUCCAAUUAUAAUUGUGUUUGCAUCGUUAAUCUUCAAAUUGAAUACUGCUUCAUUUGAAGUGUCCGUGAAUUUUGUACUUUUAAGUACAAGUAUAGUGUUAGCUAUUGCAUUUGCCUAUCUAUGGGACAAGACGGCGUUGCUAUUCGGUAGAGAACAAAGUGUUUAUUUGAUGUUCCUAUGUUUUAUUACCGCGAUUGCGGAUUGUAUGUCAUCAACGACAUUUAUUCCAUUUUUACAUCGAUAUGAGCCGAUUUAUUUGAAUGCAUAUUUCACAGGUGAGGCGUUCACAGCUCUCCUCCCAGCGAUGUUCGGUGUUGGACAAGGAAUUGGUAAAUCCGAUUGCCAGUUAAUUGCUAAUAGUACCUUUGUUGAAAUUCAGCAUGCACCGCGGUUUUCAGUUCGAACGUAUUUUCUUCUCUUAAGCUCCUUGCCAUUGUCAGCUCUAUUAGCAUUUUCAAUUCUUCGUCUGAUGAAAACAGGUCGUUCAAAAGUAAAACCUCCCGAACCCAAAUCAAAACCGCGAGUGUUCAUUCUCUUGGAUAACAUUAACCACGUUGGCUUAAUUGAGCAAACAAUGGACACGAUUAAUUCCAUUGAAAUGAAAUUAAAACGCGGAAGAGCACAAUCGAAUUGUUUGAAAACAUUCAUUCUUUCAGAAUUAGGUAUUUAUUUAUUUAUACUCUUUCAAGCAAGCGCUAUCCUCUACGGAAUCUGUCCUGGCUUAACUACUUUUUCAUUGAACGCAUACAGUGCAACGACCUUUCAUUAUACAAUUAUCAUCAGUCAAUUUGCGUAUCCAAUCAUUGCCUUACUUGCAACUUCAACACCAGAACUACCAUCGAAGAUAAUCUAUUCAAUUUAUAUUGCCACUCUUGUACUUUUUGCGUAUAUUCUCGUAACCGCGAAAAUGUCACCAUGUCCUCCGCUAGUUAAUCAAACCAUUGGUCAUGUCAUUAUCUUUUCUGUUUGGAUCUCAAUUCAUUUGACUGGCUCGUAUAUACGGAUAUCGAUGGGUAAUUAUUUUCGUCGAAACCUUGGCCAUCGCGGUCUAGUGUGGUUUGGCGUCAGUACUCAAUCAGGCUCAUUGGUUGGUGCAAUCAUAAAUUUCUUCUUAACGAACACGUUUCAGCUAUUUCAAGAACGAAAUACUUGUGAACAAACACUACGAUGUGUUUAG